CCUUACAAUUAUUGACAUAUUUGACCAACCAUUUAUUACACGGUGUUACAUUUGGUCGUACCUUCCAACUAUUUAACCAUGAACGUGCGCUGCUAUAUUUACCCAAUGUUGUAAGUCGUGUUAUUACACCUUUUAAGUUGGACAUCGAUACGUGACGUGUUUGCAAAAACAAACAACACAGAUUAUCAUUCGCCAUUACAUAUUCAAUCGUAUUUUCCGCCAUGUGACUGAACUUCACUGUGCUUUUAGUGGCACACGUUGUGUUUUCUGCGCUACACGAGACGCAAAGUGGAGGUUCGCGUGCUAGCCAGAUAGCCAUAGAACGACAGCUUUGCGUUCUAUUUCACGAGAGCUUAUUCAUGAAGAAUCAGAGUGAACAAACUGCGUGGUUGUUUUCACAAGCAAAAGGAACUUGGCUCUCUUGUAUGCCUUAGGAAAGACCAGCCUUAUGGGAAAAGGACAUUAGCCAGCAUGUUAACCUCAAUGUUAUGUAGGCUGAUGUUUAUGUACGGUAUUUACAAGCCUCUAAUAAACUAAGUUGAAUGGUUUUUGAAAAGCCAAACUAACUUCACGUCAGUUUGCCCAGUACAUUCGGUUGGCUAUGCUGCUAUGCCUUCAUCAACCUAUGUUGUCGAUUUAGUUUGAGGAACUUGUUUUUCCGCGUCAGUCAGUGUCUCACUGACAACCCAAAACAGCAAUGCGGUUAACAAUGUAGCAUAUCCGUAAAGGUUAAAAGUGAAGGUUAGAAACAUAUCCAUUUUGUUUCGAGUGGAGACUGGCGAGAAUCUAGGGCAACUAUGUAACAAGAGAGCGGAGGGUGGGGGCUGCUAUUUUGUUUCCUUUUCCCCAUUGAUUUCAUUUUCUACCACUUCUCGGUCAGUUGCAGUUUUUCUUAGUAAGGCGAUUCGUUCUUAGCUGUGCAGCGUGAUCAAAAUGGAGAGUUAAAAGUGAGCUUUCGUGUGUAUUUCCGGCAGAGCUGGCAGCUUAUUUGUGUGAGUGACAUUGACACGUGGUCAAAGGCACCGCGUAGAUGAGAGAUGGCCGAUGGAAAGGGACGAGUAGGCGACUUGUUUCCGUCGUUCUGCUCUGACUGUCACAUGAUCAUGUCAUUUAGUUCUGGUUUCAUGCUUCUGACUGUUUACCACUCUGCGAGGGCAUAGCCGACAUGUUACAUCGUUGCUAGAGCUGUGUCCUUUUCACUUUCUCCACCUUGGAAUAUAAGACCCUCCGGGGUUGAUGGGCCCGGUCGUCGGCAUGUCUCCGGAUAAGAAAGCAGGGUCACCAGGAGGCUCGCAAGGCGGGGCGUGCGGCGCGGGCACGCUCCCCGAGGCCGAGAGCGCCUCCAGCCCGCUGGCCACCAGCCUGGAUCGCCUGGGCCGUGCCGGGGACGCAGCCGCGCCGGCCGUGGCAGAAGCCGGCGAGAGCACCGGGGACGACGAGGAGCUGACCAACCUCAACUGGCUCCAUGAGAACCUGUUGCAGAACUUCAGCCUGGGCGGCCCAGAGGACAUGGAGGGCUCGCCGGAUGGGGACAAUCCCCUGUCCUCAUCCUCGUCCUCGUCCUCCUCCUCUUCUUCCAUCUCGGGGAGCCUGGCUAGAGCAGAGAAAGACCCCCUGAAGUCCAAGCCUCCCUUCUCCUUCUCCCUGCUCAUCUUCAUGGCCAUCGAGCACUCGCCGGCCAAGUCCCUGCCCGUGAAGGAGAUCUACAGCUGGAUCCUGCAGCACUUCCCCUACUUCUCCAGCGCCCCCACGGGCUGGAAGAACUCGGUGCGCCACAACCUGUCCCUCAACAAGUGCUUUCGCAAGAUGGAGCGCAGCCUAGGCAAGACCAAUGGGAAAGGCUCUCUCUGGUGUGUGGAUCCUGAGUUUCGGCCAACCCUGGCACAGGCCUUGAGGAAGCAGCACUUCCCAAACGCACACGCCUUCUACACCCCCCCAGCCUCCCCGCCCAGUGCCUCCUCUCCACCACGCCACCUUCUCCUGUUGGAGCAGGGCAGUGCUCUGCGAGAGUCUGAUUUUGAUGCAGCCAAGGCCAUGAUGCUGCUAAAGUCUGCCUCAGAGCAGUACACGGACCCAUUGGGUGAGCAAGAGGGUCCCAUCGACCUGUCCCCGCGCCGAGGCGAAGUGGUCCUGGUGAGCCGCGACCCACAGCAGGACCACAAUUACAGCAGCAGCCCCCCUCCGCCAGCUUCCCAGGACACCCACCAAUCCGGGACGGGGACCACCGCCACUGCACCCCGUCGGCCGCUCCUCCUGGCUCCAGGGAGCACGACGGGCCAAGGAGGCAGCAAGCGCAUGCGCCUGAGGCACACAGAGCUAGACGAGGAGUUGAAGGAGGCGGCCGGCUCGUUGCUGCACCUGGCCGGCGUGCGGCCCUCACCCCAGGCGGCGGCUGCAACGGUGGCGACGACGACGGGACAACGCGGCCGCAAGAGCAGGAAGAUCAGCCGAAAGUGACCCAACCUCGUGAUGCGUGAUGCUGUUUGACCUUUUGACCUCUAAUCCCACCCACCGACCCGCAACCUUGCAGCUCGUUCCUCCUCUCUGGCCCUGUGAUUUGACUUCCUUGGUGCGUGUGCCUCCCCCUGUUUGGCCCCUGUUGAAGCCUUCCCUGCCUUUUUAGUCUGCCAUCUCAUUCUACUGCACAUGGCAAUAUGGACUCUCUCACAGGAGUUGGAAGCCAUACGAAGAUGACUUGUUGAGGGGAUUUGUGUUGUCACAAAGCAAAAAAAAAGAAUGGGAGGAAACGGAAAGGACGUUAAGACUUAAUCUAACGUGACAGUUUUUUUUAUUUUAACUGGAUUAGUGGAUUUGGAAAAUCUCUUCAAGGACAGUUUGCAUGCUUCCAUCUUGAGAAUAUGAACAAGAGUGCAUGGAUUUCAAUCAAAAGUUUUCAGGAGGUUUUUUUGUGGUCCUUCUUAAUCGUGAGCAUAUUGAACAUGGAGAACAGUGUAAGUGCCAUUGAUUUUUAAUUAAGACUGGUUCAGAUGCAAUAAUUCAUUGAUUCAAGCGUACCUGUAGUUCUUUUUGUUAUUGUUUUUGUACCUUCUGUUGUACCUUUUUUGUCUUGGUGACGGUGAUGUCAUGGACAUGGGACUUCCUGAUUGGUUGGCUGCCGGCCCAGAAGACACUGGCAGGACUCCUAGAGAGUGUGCUGAAAAGAGAAGAGAGGAAGUAGCUGUUUGAGGGGAAGCACUCCUCUUCCUGUGCCAUUUAUUCCACAGACUCAAUCAAGUAUUCUGCUCAGAGCAGAAGCCGCCUCUGGGACAAGUAAAGGCUGGACUGAAAAGAGAUGCUUUGUUGAAGGAAAGAGUAAUGCCCUGUCCUGCACAUUCACUGGCCACCAGACUCAUGAUGAUCAAUCUCUGCUUCCAUAACAUGUCUCAGCAGUCUACAACAGACUGAAGCCACUGGGGGUGUGUGUGUGUGUGUGUGUGUGUGUGUGUGUGUGUGUGUGUGUGUGUG